AUGUCACGAUCCCUUUUGGUAGAGAAUAGUAGAACCAUUAAUAGUAAUGAAGAGAAGGGGGUAAACGAAAGUCAAUAUAUCUUACAAAAGAGAAACGUCCCAAGGACCAUUCUCGGUAAUGUCACAAAUAAUGCAAAUAUCCUGCAAGAGAUUUCUAUGAACAGAAAAAUUGGGAUGAAGAACUUCUCAAAAUUGAACAACUUCUUUCCUUUAAAGGAUGAUGUUUCGAGAGCCGAUGACUUCACCUCCUCUUUUAAUGACAGUAGACAGGGGGUGAAACAAGAAGUACUAAACAAUAAGGAAAAUAUUCCUGAAUAUGGAUAUUCCGAGCAAGAAAAGCAGCAGUGCUCAAAUGAUGACUCUUUUCAUACGAAUUCGACUGCCUUGAGCUGUAAUCGGUUGAUAUACUCUGAGAACAAGUCUAUUUCCACUCAAAUGGAAUGGCAGAAAAAAAUAAUGAGAGAAGAUUCCAAAAAAAAAAGGCCAAUAUCAACUCUUGUAGAGCAGGAUGACCAGAAAAAGUUCAAACUCCAUGAAUUGACUACAGAAGAAGAGGUUCUGGAGGAGUACGAAUGGGAUGACCUAGAUGAAGAAGAUUGUGAUGAUCCCUUAAUGGUGAGCGAAGAGGUUAAUGAUAUCUUCGAUUAUUUGCAUCACUUGGAAAUAAUCACAUUGCCAAAUAAGGCGAAUCUCUAUAAGCAUAAAAAUAUUAAGCAAAACAGAGACAUUUUGGUGAACUGGAUAAUCAAGAUUCAUAAUAAGUUUGGCCUUCUGCCGGAAACUCUAUAUUUGGCCAUAAACAUAAUGGAUAGAUUUCUUUGUGAAGAGGUGGUUCAGUUAAAUAGAUUGCAACUGGUUGGUACAUCAUGCCUGUUCAUCGCAUCUAAGUAUGAGGAAAUAUACUCCCCUAGCAUAAAACAUUUUGCGUACGAGACAGACGGUGCAUGCUCUGUGGAAGAUAUUAAAGAGGGUGAAAGAUUUAUAUUGGAAAAACUCGAUUUUCAAAUUAGUUUCGCUAACCCAAUGAAUUUCUUAAGGAGAAUAUCAAAAGCGGAUGACUAUGAUAUCCAGUCUAGGACGUUAGCGAAGUUCCUAAUGGAAAUAUCUAUAGUGGACUUCAAGUUCAUCGGGAUAUUACCGUCAUUAUGUGCCUCAGCGGCAAUGUUCCUUUCGAGAAAAAUGCUGGGCAAGGGCACCUGGGAUGGCAACUUAAUCCAUUAUAGUGGUGGUUACACAAAGGCAAAACUAUAUCCCGUUUGCCAAUUACUGAUGGAUUAUCUUGUUGGAUCUACUAUUCACGACGAGUUCUUGAAAAAAUAUCAAUCGAGAAGAUUUUUAAAGGCUUCCAUAAUUUCUAUCGAAUGGGCAUUGAAGGUAAGGAAAAAUGGAUAUGAUAUUAUGACAUUGCAUGAGUGA